CUCCUGAGGUCAAAGGUCACUCUGCCCAAGAUGGCGGCCCCCAUGGUGGAGCGUGGAGAGGACGCGUUCAGAACGUUAUUUAAGUUUUAUAGGAGAAAACAUCCCCCCCCGGAUCUGAGCAACGUCCUCGACUUCUCCAAAGGGAUAGUCUGUGACAAGGUUUUGUCAACUAAUCUAGAAGUGAGUGCAGUGAGCGAUGGCGAGGCCAGCAGAGCCGGUCUGAGACCUGUCAGGGACUGGAGAGCCUUCGGGCUGCAAGGCUCCCCAGGGUUCAUCUUCAUCGCCAACCCCUUCCUGCGCGGCUCCCAGCCCCACUGGCUGCGGCGCUGUCUGAAGACCUACACCCAGAAGCCCAACGUGUGUAACCUGGACAUGCACAUGUCCCCCAACGAGACAGACGACAUCUGGGGCAAGAGCGCCGACACUCUCAGGAGAGUGCCCUGUGGGAAGAAGGAACCCAAGACGUUACUGGAGAAGCUUCGCUGGGUGACCCUGGGCUACCAUUACAACUGGAACACAAAGACGUACUCCGCGGAGCACCACACUCCGUUCCCCGCCGACCUCCAGCGCCUGUCCGGCCUCGUCGCCGCCGCCGCCGGCUUCCCGGGCUUCAACGCCGAGGCGGGAAUCCUCAACUACUACCGCUCCGACUCCUCGCUCGGGAUCCACGUGGACGAGUCGGAGCUGGACCAUAGCCGCCCCCUGCUGUCGUUCUGUUUCGGCCAGUCGGCCAUCUUCCUCCUGGGCGGACUCCGGAGAGAGGACCCGCCCACGGCCAUGUACAUGCACAGCGGGGACGUGAUGGUGAUGUCGGGCCAGAGUCGCCUUCUCUACCACGCCGUGCCGCGCAUCCUACAGGACCCCCCUCCCCCCUGCGGCCUCGGGACCAGCCUGAGCAGAGGUCAGGGGUCACCGGAGCGGGGGGAGGGGGGGGUCGACGGGGAGGACUGGGCCGUGUGCUCCAGGUACAUCCAGAGCUCCAGAGUCAACAUGACGGUCCGUCAGGUGCUGGGACCCGGGCAGAGCUUUCCCGGGGUCCCAAAGGGGAGCACCCCGGACGCAGAGGGAGGGGGGGAGGGGGGGGGACAGAAACGGAGACGGAGCAGCUCCGGAGGAACAGAGUCUUCUGACACGUGAUGAAGCGGCAGGUCGACCUAGGCACUGUUCAUAUGUAUAUGAUAUGUAAAUAUGUCCCAUUAUUCAUAUUAUUAUGAAUUGUAACAGAAUAAUAAACGAGUUCCACAAAU